CUAUAACGUCUUGUAAUGGAAGAUGGAAGACAAAGGGGCUCGUGUUGCUGACUACUUUGUUGUCGCAGGAUUAACAGAUAUUUCAAAACCACUAGAGGAAGAAAUCCACUUCAAUGAUGCUUGCCAUAAAAUCGCUAAACCAAAAGAACCUAUUACAGAUGUAACAGUAAUUAAUAAAUCUCUGGGGGAGGAAGUUCCUCAGGGAUAUAAAUGCAUAGAUGUUACUCCCUCAGGACUGUCUGCAGAUCUUAAUAAUGGCAGUCUUGUAGGACCGCAAAUAUACCUUUGUUAUCGCCGAGGAAGGGAUAAGCCCCCACUUACUGAUUUGGGGGUUUUAUAUGAUGGGAAAGAAAGAGUAAAGCAAGGUUGUGAAAUAAUUCAAACUACUCCAUAUGGUCGGCCUGCAAAUAUUAGUGGCAGUGCGUCAUCACAAAGAGUGUACAUCACUUACCGAAGAGCAUCCGAAAACAUGACACAAAAUACAUUGGCUGUUACGGAUAUAUGUAUAAUCAUACCAAGUAAAGGAGAAACCCCUCCACAUACAUUCUGCAAGGUUGACAAGAAUCUUAAUAAUAGUAUGUGGGGCUCAGCAGUAUAUUUAUGUUAUAAAAAGUCUGUGGCAAAAACCAACACCAUAUCAUAUAAAGCUGGUUUAAUAUGCAGAUAUCCCGAAGAAGAUUAUGAAUCAUUCCCAUUACCAGAAUCUGUGCCUCUUUUUUGUCUACCUAUGGGUGCAACAAUUGAAUGUUGGCCAUCUAACAGUAAAUACCCUCUCCCGGUUUUUUCUACAUUUGUACUAACUGGAGCUUCUGCAGAAAAGGUAUAUGGUGCUGCUAUUCAGUUUUAUGAACUGUAUCCUGAAGAGAAUCUCACAGAGAAACAAAAAUCUCAGCUGGGAUUAGCAGCUGCUGUUGAGGGAAAGUCAGACACAUGCAGAACAGUUCAAACAAAUAAAUGCAUCUGUCUGCUCUCUCACUGGCCUUUCUUUGAUGCUUUCAAGAAGUUUCUUACCUUUCUGUAUCGUUACUCCAUUUCUGGUCCACAUGUCCUACCCAUUGAGAAACACAUUUCCCAUUUCAUGCAUAAAGUUCCUUUUCCAUCUCCUCAGAGGCCAAGAAUUCUAGUUCAGCUAUCUCCACAUGAUAACCUGAUUCUUAGCCAACCUGUGUCAUCACCCCUUCCACUGAGUGGGGGCAAGUUUUCUACACUACUUCAGAAUUUAGGACCUGAAAAUGCAGUAACUCUACUUGUAUUUGCUGUGACGGAACAUAAAAUUCUCAUCCAUUCAUUGCGACCUUCUGUCCUUACUAGUGUGACAGAGGCAUUAGUCUCUAUGAUAUUUCCCUUCCAUUGGCCUUGUCCAUAUAUUCCUCUCUGUCCCUUGGCACUGGCAGAUGUGUUAAGUGCACCAUGCCCAUUCAUAGUGGGAAUUGAUUCAAGAUACUUUGAUCUCUAUGACCCUCCACCAGACGUUAGCUGUGUUGACCUAGAUACCAAUACAAUUUCUCAAACUGGAGAUAAGAAAGCUAUUGCAUGGAAGAUCUUACCAAAGAAACCUUGUAAAAAUCUGAUGAACACUUUAAGUAAUUUAUAUCAGCAACUGGCAGAAUUGCAACAGAGACCAAGAGAAGAUGCAUUAAUGGAAUUAGCAAUGAAUGACUACGAUUUUAAUUCUGGGAAGAAAUUGCAUCUGUUAGAUUUGGAGAUCCAAGAAGCAUUCCUGUGUUUUAUGGCCUCAAUACUAAAAGGUUACAGAUCUUAUCUCAGGCCAAUAACAGAGGCACCCUCUGAAACAGCCACAGAUGCAAGUUCUCUCUUUGAACUACAAGGUUUCCUCAAAAGUCGAGAUCGUUCACAUCAGAAGUUCUACACACUGAUGACCAAAACUCAAAUGUUUAUUCGCUUCAUUGAAGAAUGUUCUUUUGUCAGUGAUAAGGACGCAAGCCUUGCAUUUUUUGAUGACUGCGUGGAUAAAGUAGAUAUGGACAAAACUGGGGAAACACGACUUAUAGAGCUGGAUGAGUCAUACAAGAGUGAGCAUACAGUUUUUAUAACACCACCUGAGAUCCCUCAUCUGCCAAAUGGUGAAGAGCACCCUCUACAAUACAGCUAUAAUGGAUUUCCAGUAUUAAAACUAGAUUUGUUUGAGCGACCUCAAGGAUUUCUCACAGCACCAAAUAACAAACUGUCCUCAAAAGCCAGUAGUCCCAACAGCCCAUCGCCAAUGUUCAGAAGAACUAAACAGGAAAUUAAAUCUGCACAUAAAAUUGCUAAGAAGUACUCAUCCAUACCACAGAUGUGGUCCAGGUGUUUGUUACGUCACUGCUAUGGUCUUUGGUUUAUCUGCCUUCCUGCGUAUGUGAAAGUGUGCCAUUCAAAAGUCAGGGCUCUGAGAACUGCAUAUGAUGUGCUACAAAAAAUGCACACCAAAAAAAUAGAUCCACCUGAUGAGGUAUGCUACCGAGUACUCAUGCAACUGUGUGGACAGUAUGGUCAGCCUGUGCUAGCAGUGAGAGUGCUUUUUGAAAUGCAGAAAGCUGGUGUUGACCCUAAUGCCAUUACUUACGGCUACUACAAUAAGGCUGUUUUGGAAAGUACCUGGCCUUCAAGCAAUCGAGGUGGCUACUUCCUGUGGAUGAAAAUACGAAACGUUGUUCUAGGAAUAGCACAGUUUAAAAAAGCAUUGAAAAAGCUACCAGCAAGCACCUCACAUACAGCCAUUCCUGGGGGACUUUCAGACUUUGGCAAUAACACAUCAUUCAAAGAAGAAGCCAGGCAAGGGAAAACUUGUCUUCAAGAUAUACAAGAACAAAAAGAGGAUAAGAGAGAGAGUGACUCCAGUUCUCUGUCCGAAGUGGAGAGCGCAAAAGGGAGUGGUGACUGCCUACCUAAAUUAAAUUAUCAGAACUCAAGUAAUGCCAAAGCCGCUUCUAGCAUAGUGCGACUCAAUAGUACAGUUGACAAUACCGUAGCAGAAGCUAGCACGGUGAGUUUAGAGAGUUCUGUAGGAUUGCUGUUUACAUCAUCUUUUGAGGAUGCCAGUGAAGCAGAAGUUACAGAAAGUAAAUCCUUAAGAAAGAGACAUAAAAGCGCAGUAGAACCUGACUUAAGGGAGAUACCGUGGGAAAGCAGGAACCGUAACCUGAGUGGAGAUGGCUUAGUGGGACUCAUGAUAAAUAGAAUAAAUCAGGAAGCAAACCCUGGAGAAAUUGUUGAAAAACUAGGAGCUGAUGCCAAAAUCCUAUCUAGUGCAUUACAGAAAAGCAUAAGGCCAAAAACUCUUAAUAUCAGAACUUCCUCUUUAGGAUCUAAGAGAGAAAGCCUGGAGAAAGAAUCCAGUGAUGAAGAUGCAGCUUUUGAUUGCAGUUUUACAGAUAAAACAGAGUCUCCUGUUAUCUUUGAUCUGGAAGACUUGGAUGCAGAACCUGAAACGUCAACAGCAGUGAAAACCUCCAGUGAAAAAUCCAGAAGGCUGCAAAGAAAGAGCAGCUUUCCAGUAAAGCCAGUUGAAAAGACGGAUGUUGAAACUGGAUUUGAUCCACUGUCCUUGCUGGUUGCCGAGACAGAACAGCAGAAAGAGGAUGAGGACGAUGAUGAUGAUAGAAGUGUUUCUACUCCAUCUGCAAGGCGAGAUUUAGCUGAAGAAAUAGUCAUGUACAUGAACAACAUGAGCAGCCCUUUGUCAAGUCGUGCCCCAAGCAUUGAAUUGCAAAAACCCCAUGAUGACAGAAAUGCUAAUAAAAAGAGCCCAACAGUAAUCCAACCUUGUAGGAGGUCCAGCCUUCCCCCAAACUCCCCAAGGCCAUCCAGUCUUACGAAAUCCAAGAGUUAUCACGCAAAAAAUGAAGAAAGGCGAGACAGGCUUUGGUCCUCCCCAGCUUAUUCCCCAAACAGUCCAGCAAAGGAACAGCCACAGGAUGCAACUAAUGCAUUAACGCUUGUGUCUUCACCAUCAUUCAACUUGGAUACGCUGUUAACACCUAAGUUUGAUGUUCUAAAAAGCAGCAUGUUUUCUGCUGGAAAAGGGGUUGCAGAGAAAGCUAGCAAGUGGUACUCAAAAUUUACAAUGUACGCUGCAUCCUCAAAGGAUCAAAAUUCAGACCGAGCAAGUGUUUCAUCUCUUGGAGCUUUGGACUCAGAAUCUACUUCUCUAACUGAUGAAGAUGUCUGCAAUGAUUUUGAAAGUGCUUCUCCUCAGGAGAAUACCACAUCAGAAAUUAAGGGAAUUGGCCUCAGCAGGACAAGCCUAGAAAGCUCAGCUUCCCAUGAUGGUUCUCUUUCAAAGUUCCCUUUACCUGACAAAUCAGAGUUGAUAUCUUCUUGCAGUACAAGUAGUACCAGUGUGUUUCAGAACUACGCUAUGGAGGUCCUCAUCUCAAGCUGUUCACGAUGUCGAACUUGUGACUGUUUGGUUCAUGAUGAAGAAAUCAUGGCAGGUUGGACAGCAGAUGACUCAAAUCUCAAUACCACGUGUCCUUUCUGUGGCAAUUUAUUUCUGCCUUUUUUAAGCAUAGAAAUUAGAGAUCUUCGGCGACCUGGACGUUAUUUUCUGAAGACCAGCCCUUCUACAGAAAACAUGCAGUUCCCAUCACUUUUUGCAAAUCAGAGUGGCAAGUCCUGUAACACUGCAGCUACUGUUGGCCUUGCUACAUCUCUAAUGUCUGUUCAAGAGGAUAUAAAUUCAAAUAGCAAAUCUAAGCAGUAUGACAAUAUUUGUGCCAGAAGUAUCCAGAUCCCCUCAGGAAGAAGACAAAAUACCUCUGGGUCAGAAUGUACAAGUCACCCUGUAGCAAGGAGUAUCAGUACUUUUGGUCCAUUGGAAGAAGAUGAGAAGGAAAACCAGAAGAUCAGCCAUAUCAUUCCUACUGGUAGCCUGCCUGCUACUUUGCAAGGACCAACAGAUUCCUUGGGCCUAGAAUGGCGCUUACCUAGUCCUGAUCCUAUAACGGUUCCUUAUCUCAGUCCUCUAGUGGUAUGGAAAGAGCUUGAGAGCUUACUUGAAAAUGAAGGGGAUCAUGCAAUAACAGUGGCGGACUUUGUAGAUCAUCAUCCUAUUGUGUUCUGGAAUUUGGUGUGGUAUUUCAGACGCUUGGACUUGCCCAGCAACUUACCAGGAUUAAUACUUUCUUCUGAGCACUGUAAUAAGAACUCCAAGAUUCCGCGAAAUUGUAUGUCAGAGGACAGUAAAUAUGUUCUUAUUCAGAUGCUAUGGGACAAUAUGAAAUUGCAUCAGGAUCCAAGGCAGCCUCUGUAUAUUUUGUGGAAUGCUCAGACCCAGAAGUACCCAAUGGUCCAUUUAUUGCAAAAAGAUGACGACUCCUUUAAUCAGGAGCUCUUGAGAAGUAUGGUGAAAAGCAUUAAGAUGAAUGAUGUGUACGGACCAAUGAGUCAAAUAUUGGAAAGAUUGAACAAAUGGCCACAUAUUAAAAGACAGAGGAGUCUUUACAGAGAAAUACUAUUUCUUUCACUUGUUGCCCUAGGAAGAGAUAACAUUGAUAUAGAUGCUUUUGACAGAGAGUACAAAAUGGCCUAUGAUCGUCUCACAGCUAAUCAAGUGAAGAAUACUCAUAACUGUGAUAGGCCACCAAGUACUGGAGUGAUGGAAUGCAGAAAGAUUUUUGGAGAACCAUAUCUUUAA